AUGCAGGUGGCAAAAGAGGAUAUGAAAUUAUGCUCACCAGAAAGACUAAAAGAACGUAUCGCGGAACUACGGCUUCAUGCUGCUGAUUUGAAGGAAGAGAUAAGACAGAAGUGGGAAGAAGAACGUCAGAGGCGGGAAGAUGCUCGGCAGGAAAGGGAAGAGGCCAGAGCGACAAAAGAGGAAAAGCUUUUAGAAGAAAGCAUCAGGAUUGCGAAAGAAACCAAAAAGGAUAGCCGUACCAUGCGCGGUAUUGCUUGGGUCACCAUCGCAUUCCUACCAGCAACGUUCGUGACCUCGUUCUUCGGCAUGAAUUUCUUUAAUGGCAUUGCAGGAAACGUUCCAUUCGACGACGCAAGUCGCAAUGUCUGGCUGUUCUUCGUCAUCGCCGUGCCGAUUAGUGGCAUUGUCUUGUUCAUUUUCUACUUCUGGGACGAGUAUGAGAGGAAGAAAGACGAGGGCAAAUUGAGGUCGAUUGAGGAGGCCGCGAUCACGAGUCAAGACAAUGCUGGGAUAGCAAAAUCUACGGGAAACAAUUUGGCACUGUCAGCACUACCAAGCAGAGUAUCGCACGCCUAA